AUGAAAGCAAAGCCUCCUUCAAAACCAAAAACCCAUCUUCAUCUUCAUCAAGAAGAACCCCAAAACCCAUCAGAGUUCUCAUUCGCCAUACCCAAAAUAGCAGUCUCGCAGAUCUGCCAGUCAGUGGGGUACAAGGCCACCCAGCUCUCCGCACUCAAUGCUUUGACCAUGGUGGCCACCAAGUACCUUGAGGCCAUAGCCAAGUCGGCCUCUUCCUUGGCCAACACCUCCAACUGCACGCAGUCGAACCUGCUGGACCUAACACUUGCCCUCCACCACCUUGUUACUCUCCAUACCUCCACUCUCUUCUCCAUCUCUUUCUCCAGAGGAGGAAUCAUCAGAGAUCUCGCUGACUUCGUCUCCUUCAAUGACGAAAUCCCAUUUGCCAAGCCAAUCCCACGCCUACAGAUUACUUCCAUUCCUUCCUGGACUUCUUCUUUUUCUUCUUCUUCUUCUUCUUCUCAUGUGCCCAAAUGGCUGCCCAAGUUUCUUGAUAGUGUUAUUAGUUGCUCAGUGAAUGAGAGGAAGUGUGGGGAGAGGUUGUGGGAGGAUUCAGUUUUGGGUGGUAGAGGAUUUGGUUUGGUUGAUCUGUUACUGGGUUUGUGA